CAUAACUCCUACUAUUACAGUACGGUACGGUACAUUUUUAAUCUCUCUGUUGCGAUCGUCGCCAAGACAGUCCGGCAUCGGCAAGAACCAUCAGUAUCCUCGCCAACUUCCAGCUUACGGAACAAUGUCAAUGAAUACGUUAGGACCAGAUUCUGGUGGAAUAACACACACCGCCGCUAGAAGAAAAAGGGCUUCUUCCGUUGCUUCGCUGGCCCGGUGGUUUGGAGCCGUUUGCGCAGUGCUUGUCACAGGCCUCGUGUUCACCUUCGGCACGGCGUCGGUAGGAUCGGUGUCCGCCUUUUCGACACCACUUCCGGAGUCGAAACCCAGACCAAACAAAGCAAGUAGGACGUCCCUCUCUAUGUUCGGGGCGGCCAAGGAACCCGUCGGAGAGGCGGAGGCCAGCAUCGCCAUCAAGAGUGUCGUCUCGGCUCUCAAGAAGGACUCCUCCGCCAAGACCGAACUGGGAACACUAAACAAAGUCGAGAACGUGCUGGGAUUCGGCAGCCCGACCGCCGGAACAAUCGCCGUCCGGUUCAACGCUUCUUUUCGAAAGGGUGGAAAGGGGUUCUUGGGGAUGGGGGGUGGCAAGGCCAAGGAAGGAGAACAACGCGGGACCAUGGUGGGACAGGUCAAGGCGUCGGUUGACAAAAAUACCGGGAAAGUGCUACAGUGCUCUGUUUUCAGGGAUCUUGGGUAUGGGCGAACGUUCAAUCUAAAAACGAAAUGAUUUUCGUGAACGAAUGCAGGGAUGUACAAAACUUGCUAUGCAAUACCCGGCGUAUGAAUAUGACUAGAAGUAGAUUCUGUGUUACUAUGUGCUACUUUCACGUAAAAUUCUAUUCUGCUUCCUCAUCGAAUGAAUCAAUCAACGAAUUAGAU